AUGAGCCGUCGAAGCACACGGCUCCCGGAGAAGGAUCCGCUUGCGUCUAGUUCCGAUGAAGAGACGGGCAGCGUUCGAUCCGAAACGCCCGUUCGUUCAACAGCACGCAAAAGUACGGCACGAGCUCAAACCACCGAGACAAGCAUUGGACGCCGUUCCCUACGUCACCGUUCUCCGAACAAACGGUACACCGAGGAUUUUGUUUCCGACAGUCGAACGAUUGCUGAACAGGAUCCGUUAGAGAUUAUUUCCGACGAAGAGGCAUGUAGCGUUCGGUCGGAGACGCCAGUUCGUUCGUCUGCGCGCAAAAGUGCCGCACGGAAUCUGCGAACCACUGAAGUAAGUGAUGAAUCGGUAGAUCGACGACGGUCCCUUCGGCACCGUUCUCCGAACAAACGGUAUACGGAGGAUUUUGUUCCGGACGUUCCCAGAAGAAGUCACCGUUCGAGAGUCAUUUCCGACGAUGAAGACGAUGGCAACGACGAGGACCAGUGCCAGCUGCACGACCUGGCGCUUAAAGUGAAGGCAACUACUCUCUUCGAAGAACGGGAGGAUGUGCAAGGGCAGCACAUUUAUGGGUUUAAAACACCGAAAAAGAGAGACUCAAUGAGUGUUUUAGUUUCCAGUGUUCAGCACCGGACGCCGACAACGGCGUCCAAGCCCGGCAGUAGUAGACUGCACUCGGCGAGGACACCGAAAACACCCGUCACAACUCCUUCGACGGCAGGCAGGCGGAAGAGUUUAGCUGCUGCUGCAGCUAAAACACCCCACCAGGACCGGAGGAAGCUAAAGAAAAAUAUUUCAAAAAUGGUUCAAAAUGAAUCCGAUUCGGAUUUUUCGGUUAGUGGGAGCGACUAUGAGCCAACAUCGGAAGAGGAUAACGAUGGCGAUGGUGAAACCAGCUCGGAAGAGGAGUCUUCCUCCGAAGAUGAGGACGCUAAACCGAAACGUCCCGUUAUUAAGCAGAACGCAGCUCAAAUCGGUAUAGCAUCAGCAGCGGCGGCGCAGAAACAAACCGGCAUGCGAACACGUGGCCGAAAGAAAACUGCUGCCGAGCUGCAGUACGUGCUGCAAAGUGAUGAUUAUUUUUCCACCCACAGCAGCUCGAAGGUGGUCACGUCGGAUCACACACUGGAUCGGCUGAAUACGCCUCGGUUGCCUCAUGAUCAGCUGUUUCGCCUUUUGCGGGAACUUCGCGGUUCCAGUGAGCAUGAGAAGGCCAUUCAGGAAUUGCAUGAAGAAUAUGAAAGUUAUUUUGCCAAAUGGCUGUACCUGAUGAACGAAGGUUUCAACAUUCUGCUCUAUGGGUUGGGAUCGAAGCGGAAUCUGCUGCAGAGCUUCCACCGGAAGAUUCUCGCCAGCCAGCCGGUCAUCGUGAUUAACGGUUUCUUUCCGACACUCACUAUUAAAGACGUUCUGGAUGCCAUCACCGGGGAUGUUUUGGACCUAAAUGUUAGCAGUGGUAAUUUUCACGAACUGGUGGAUAUAAUUGAGGAAGAAUUCAGUUACCUUCCGACGACGCACCUGUUCCUGAUCGUACAUAACCUCGACGGAACAAUGUUGCGUAAUGGAAAAGCUCAAAACGUGCUGGCGCGACUGGCAAACAUCGAUAACAUUCACCUGCUUGCUUCGAUCGAUCACAUUAACACGCCUCUGAUUUGGGAUUCUUCCAAGCUGAGCUACUACAACUUCUCCUGGUGGGACGUAACGACUAUGCUGCCGUACUCGGACGAAACGGCCUUUGAAAACUCGCUGUUGGUGCAGAAUUCCGGCGCACUGGCACUGUCGUCGAUGAAGAACGUAUUCAACUCACUGACAACGAACUCGCGCGGAAUCUUUCUGGCCAUUGUGCGCCACCAGCUGGCCAACAAGGAUAACCCGCACUAUCCGGGUAUGCUGUUUAAAGAACUGUACAGUAACUGCCGGGAGGCAUUCCUGGUCAGUACCGAUCUGGCCCUUCGGGCUCAGCUAACCGAAUUCAUCGACCACAAACUGGUCAAGGUGAAACGCACGAUUGACGGAGCCGAGAAUCUACUGAUCCCGAUCGAGGCCGGUUUGCUGGAUCAGUUUCUAGAGGAGAAUCAGGCUAAAUAA